CCACAAAGGAAGAGUUGCCAACUUCAAACUUUCCCCUUCGCACCCUUGUAGCCGUAGCACAGGCCAAACAAUUCUGAAGUCCGCCCAACCUUGCCCGUGUUAGGGGUGUGGGCCGGCUCCCACACCCCUAACGUUCAUAAUGGUUCAGAAGACUAGCACCCGUAAGGUGUCGCUGCGAAGCGUUUGCAAGGACGAGGCAACGCUCGCAGCAAUUAGGUUCAAGGUAGAUUUUGUGGCCACGCCCCUUCGGUACCGCCUGCUGGACUUCCUGCGGCACUUCGUCGUCUGCCGAACGGACCCCGCCUUCCACUGCGCGGUCUGCGACACCAAGUGGCGGGAGCAGUGCGGACUGGCUGCGCGGCGUCAAGGACUGCGCGAGCGGGCUGACGGCUCGCCACAACAGCACGUCUUCCACCGGCGUGUGCCAACCAUCGACAUCAACCUGCUGCAGGAGUCCGCGGCGCUCAUCACAACGUCCACGCAUCGUCGCCAACGCCAAAGCCUCCUGUCGCAUUUCUACGAUGCGCACUUUGCACCGCUGCUGAGCGAGGACACGGGUGGCCCGGCCAUCGACAUCACGGCGCACCACCAGGUACGGGUCACUCCCUGGGACCGCGGUCGUGAAUGCCUCCUGUCGCAUUUCUACGAUGCGCACUUUGCACCAGCGGCAGUGGCGGCGCGCAUGUUCGGAGCAGAGGGGGCGGGCAAGGCCACGUGGAGGAGGACAGCGCGGCGCCGCCUUCAAAGCGGCGCCGGCGCGCAGGUUGAGACCUGCCGGUGUUGUCUGGUUAGCGACCUGUGCUGACGAGGAUGGCGUAGCGGGCAGUCAGCUGCAGCGGCAGGGGUGUUUUCCUUGCUGUCUGGUUGGCCUGCUGCCUGCUGCACUAGUGCUUGAUAGCUGGGCGCGACUGGGCACAUAUGGCGGGCGGUGCCUGUACAAACCGACCCCGGCUAUGUCCGGGAGAUGAGGCUAGUAUCGGAACCUUCGGCCUCAGACGGAGGACGUGGCGUGGCGGCACAGCCCACUUUUCCCUUGCAAGGGAGAGCCACCUUUUCUUGUUUACCCCAUGCCAAAAAUCCGGACCCCCUCCCGACCGACUGAUAGACCCCGUACGGACCCCCAAACCCCUCAGAACUCCUUAGUUUAUGUCAGAUUGGUGCCAAUCGACUGCUCUCGAUGCGCUCUCGCUAUGUAAGAUGAUCCGGCU